AGGCUAUAGCAAAUUUCAAACACCAAGUCACCAACAUCCUUAUUAGAGACACAGCAGGCAAAAAGAGCAGCAAGCAAAGCACCAUGAUGAACUUCUUCCAGACCAAUCCCACCGCCAUCUUCGUCUUUCUCAUUUCUCUCAUUCUCUCAUCCCACCACUUCUCUACAGCUCUCGAGUCUGAAGUGGAUGAUGAAAUUCCAUAUACUUACACCGAAGGAAGUGGUAAAGGGCCAAAGGAAUGGGGCCAAAUCGAUCCACAUUGGAAAGUUUGUGGUAAUGGAAAAAUGCAGUCUCCUAUUGAUAUUUUGGACAAAAGGGUUCAGGUUUUGCCGACUCUAGGAAAAUUAAAAAGGGAUUACAAACCAGCUCCUGCUGUAGUGAUGAACAGGGGACACGACAUUGCAGUGAAAUGGAAACAGAAUGCAGGAAAAAUUAACAUAAGUGGGACUAAUUACAAGCUGCAGCAGUGUCAUUGGCAUUCACCCUCUGAGCACACAUUCAAUGGAUCAAGGUAUGACUUGGAGCUUCACGUAGUUCAUAAAAGCUCCAGUGGAAAUUUUGCUGUUGUUGGAAUUGUUUACAAAUAUGGUCACCCUGAUCCCUUUCUUUCCAAGUUGUUCCACCACAUAAAAUCAGUUGGGAGAGAAGAAGAGAGAGAAUUGGGGAUUAUUAACCCAGGAGUUAUUAAGUUUGGUAGCAGAAAGUAUUACAGAUACAUUGGUUCUCUUACGGUUCCUCCAUGCACUGAGGGCGUCAUUUGGACAAUAGUCAAGAAGGUGAGGACGGUUUCAAGGGAGCAAGUGCAUGCCUUAAGGGAAGCCGUUCAUGAUGGAUUUGAAGCAAAUGCAAGGCCAACUCAACAAUCAGAUGGAAUGGCAGUUGAGUUUUAUUCUCCAAGGGAGAAUGGAGGUUCUACUUAGGCUUCCAUAAUUUGAAAAGGGAAUUAACAUUUAUGAAACAUAUAAAUGCAUCAUCUCCUAUUAUAUAUUUAA